AUGUCUAGGAGAUCAAAUACAGUCAACUAUGCAGAAUUAGAUGAUGAUAAUUUUUCAGAUGAAGGUUAUAAUGAACCUUAUGAUUUAGAAGAUAAUGAUUAUGGAUCAACUUCUAAUAAGAAAAGAAAACCCACCAAAUCAUCAACUCCCAGUGAAGAUCAACAAGCCAAACGUAAAAAAGCGAAACUCACAGUAGAUGCAUUAAAACAUGAUUUACAACAGAAUGCAGAUACUGAUGAUGAAUUAAUAGAUAUAACAUCUGAUAUACCCAAAGAUUAUAUACCUGAUGCAGUAUCAAAAUCAUUUGGAAGGCAAGAUUUUUCAUAUUUAAAAUUAAAACCUGAUCAUUUUUCAAGACCUAUAUGGAUUGCUCCAAAUCAAAAUGAUAUAAGGAUAAUAUUAGAAUCAUUUUCUCCAUUAGCAGAGCAAGCUCAAGAUUUUUUAAUUACAAUAGCAGAACCUAUAUCAAGACCAUCUCACGUUCAUGAAUACAAAAUUACUGUUUAUUCACUAUAUGCAGCUGUAUCAGUGGGGCUAGAAACUGAUGAUAUAAUAUCGGUGCUAAAUCGAUUAUCAAAAGUACCAGUGGCGGAUUCAAUAGUACAAUUUAUUAAAGCAGCAACUGUAUCAUAUGGUAAAGUCAAAUUGGUUUUAAAAAAUAAUAGAUAUUUCGUUGAAAGUACACAAGCUGACGUGCUACAGAUGUUGUUGAAAGAUGAAGUUAUUGGACCUUUAAGGAUACAAUCAACUGAAAAUUCUGUUACUAGUAAUGGAUUAGUACAAUCUGCGCCACCUCAAAAUGAUAUAAAUAUUCCAGGAACAAGAAAACUAAAAGAAGAUGAAAGUUCAAAAGAAAAGAAUGAGAUUGAAGAUAUAUUUGCAUCAGUUGUGGGGAAUAGAGAUGAUGAUGACGAUUUAGAUACUGUUCAUUCAUUUGAAAUAUCUCAUGAUUCAGUUGAAAUUGUUAAAAGGAGAUGUCAAGAAAUAGAUUAUCCAGUUUUAGAAGAAUAUGAUUUCCGUAAUGAUGCAAGAAAUCCUGAUCUUGAAAUUGAUUUAAAACCUUCGACUCAAAUUAGACCUUAUCAAGAAAAAUCAUUAUCCAAAAUGUUUGGUAAUGGAAGAGCAAGAUCUGGUAUCAUUGUUCUUCCAUGCGGUGCUGGUAAAACUUUAGUUGGUAUUACUGCAGCUUGUACUAUAAGAAAAUCAGUUAUUGUAUUAUGUACAUCAUCUGUUUCAGUAAUGCAAUGGAGACAACAAUUUUUACAAUGGUGUACGAUUCAACCUGAAAAUGUUGCAGUAUUCACAUCAGAAAAUAAAGAAAUGUUUGCAAGUGAAUCUGGUUUAGUUGUUUCUACAUAUUCUAUGGUUGCAAAUACUAGAAAUAGAUCACAUGAUUCUCAAAAAGUUAUGGAUUUUUUGAGGUCAAGAGAAUGGGGGUUUAUCAUAUUAGAUGAAGUCCAUGUUGUUCCAGCUAAUAUGUUUAGAAGAGUUGUUACAACAAUUGCAGCACAUGCUAAAUUAGGACUUACUGCAACAUUAGUUCGUGAAGAUGACAAGAUUGAUGAUUUAAAUUUUUUAAUUGGUCCUAAAUUAUAUGAAGCUAAUUGGAUGGAUUUAGCUCAAAAAGGUCAUAUAGCAAAUGUUCAAUGUGCUGAAGUUUGGUGUCCAAUGACAUCUGAAUUUUAUCAAGAAUAUCUAAGAGAAAGUGCUAGGAAAAGAAUGCUAUUGUAUAUUAUGAAUCCAGCAAAAUUCCAAGCAUGUCAAUUCUUAAUUCAUUAUCAUGAAAAAAGAGGUGAUAAAAUCAUUGUAUUUAGUGAUAACGUUUAUGCAUUACAAGAAUAUGCUUUAAAAUUAGGUAAACCUUUUAUUUAUGGAUCAACUCCACAACAAGAAAGAAUGAAAAUUCUACAAAAUUUCCAACAUAAUGAUCAAAUCAAUACUAUAUUUUUGUCAAAAGUUGGUGAUACAUCAAUUGAUUUACCUGAAGCUACGUGUUUAAUUCAAAUUAGUUCUCAUUAUGGUUCAAGAAGACAAGAAGCUCAAAGAUUAGGUAGAAUUUUACGAGCUAAAAGACGUAAUGAUGAAGGUUUUAAUGCAUUUUUUUAUUCUUUAGUGUCAAAAGAUACUCAAGAAAUGUAUUAUUCAACUAAAAGGCAAGCAUUUUUAGUUGAUCAAGGUUAUGCAUUUAAGGUUAUUACUCAUUUAAGUGGUAUGGAACAAUUACCAGAUUUAGCAUAUGCAUCAGCAAGAGAAAGAAGAGAAUUGUUACAACAAGUUCUUUUGAAAAAUGAAGAUGCAGCAGGUUUAGAAGUUGGUGAUGAUGCUGAUACUAAUUUCAUUUCUAAAGAACAAAGAUCAAGAUUGGAAAAACAAAAUGGUAACAAUGGAGCAACACGUACUGCUGGUUCAUUAGCUGGUUUAGCUGGUGGUGAAGAUAUGGCAUAUAUCGAAUAUAGUAAAAACAAAAAUAAAGAAUUAAGAGAAUCUCAUCAUCCAUUAAUUCAAAAAAUGUAUUAUAAGAAAAAACAACAACAACAACAACAACAACUGCAACAAAAAUGA